AUGAAAUUAAAUUAUAUUGUAGCAAUAGCAAUUUUAACAUCAUUAGUCUCGGCUAAGAACGUAGUUAAUUUACAAGGAUUUAAAGAUAAUUUGGAUAAAGAGGCUGAGGGUGUUAAUAAACGUCAAGAUAUUAAUGGUGAACCAGUUGAACUUAACAAGAGGAAAAAUAUUGUUGAUUUACAAGGAUUAAAAGAUAAACUUAAUAAUCAUGAAAAAAGAGAACCAAAGUAUCGUGUUGAUUUAAAUAGUUUUAAAAUUGCUCUUGAAGAUGAAUCAUCACCAGAUUUACAAAAGAGAAAGAAUGUCGUUAAUUUAAAUGAUUUCAAUAAGGAACAACCACCAACUUUAAAAAAGAGAAAGAAUAUUGUUAACUUGAAUGACUUUAAAGUUAAUCUUGAAGAUGAAGCUGUAUCAAACAAAAAGAGAGAUGCAAAGAAUGUAUUUGAUAUCACUAAACUUAAAGUUGAUUCUCAACCAAUUACUAAAAGAGAUCAACAACAACAAAUUCUUCAAGAUAAACAUGUUUUAUUUUCAAUAAAUUCAAUUGAUUGUUAUAAUAAUCUUCUACAAUCUAUUCUUCCACAAAUGAGACUGAUUUCAAUCUUUGCUGGUUAUAUUAGAGAUAAUGAAUUAAUUAAUUCCAAAACUGAAUUAGCAAAUGAAACAAUGGUUAUUAUUGCACCUACAAACUAUGCUAUUGAAAAUAAAUUAGGUGGAUUAAAACCUUGGGAAUUCCCUCAUUCUGUUGAUAAUAUAAAAGAUGAACUUGAACAAGAUAAAAUUCUUCAACAAAAUUUAAAUGAAUAUUUAAAUGGUCAUAUAAUUACUAAUUUUGAAUCUAAAUUGAUUGUUGGUAGAGAUGAAGAAAAAAAUCCUCAUAAAAUUAUAAUUGUCCCUUUAAAUAAUGGUAAAUUGGUUAGAAUUAGACAAGAUCAAAUAACUGAUGAAUUUAAGAUCAGAGUAGAAGGUAGAGAUGAGUGGAUUAAAGUUGAUGUGGUCAAGCAAGUUGAGAAUGGGUUUGUUUUUGUCAUUAAUGAUUCAUUGGUUAAACCAUGA